AUGGAUAGAAGUAGAGAGGCUGGAGAUCAAGGGGGAGUUGCUGGUGGAGGGGUGGGGACUCACCAACCAGCCAACCCUACGCUACCUACUUCUUCUACACCAUCUCCUAAUACCGUGGAUCCUGUGAAAGCUUUCUCUAUUGAGAAAUUCAUGGGGGAGGACUACGAGCACUGGAGUUUCCGCAUGAGGCUGAUGUAUACCCAAUACAAGCUAUUGGAUUUGGUGGAGGGGAAGGAGAAGAUGCCGGAGGCCGCGGAGCUGAAAGGAGCGUGGAUGAAGCGAUCGUUCGACGCGUAUAUGCUCAUGGUGCAAGCGUCAUGGUCUGCCCUUGCGAUCAACCUCAACUCCCAGCAACCCCAAUGGAGCGUGGAUUACAUUCGCGCGCGCAUCCUAGAGGAGGACUUGCGGCGGCGGAGUGUGGAGCGCUCGGAGGAGGGGGCUGGCUAUGGAGUUGGAGGUGGAAAAAGUGGCUUCAAGAAGAAGUGGAAGGGCAAGAACAAGGAUAACCCUAAGGAGGAUGGCGGCGGGGGUCAAGGGGAGGUGUGCUUCUACUGCAAGAAGCGCGGACAUCGUUGGCGGAAGUGCUACCAACGACCCAAGGAUUGGACCCCGCCUUCAUCAAGCAACCAGCGUGGUGGCACGAGGAGUGGGGGAGUCAUGGGAGCUAGUGGAGAGGAGAAGGAUGAGGAGAAAGGCGGCAAAUCUGAGGAGCGGAAGGCCGGGUUCUUCUUCUUCGUGAACGAAGGCGCAACUGACCACGCUAUGGCUGCCAAGAUCCCGGUCCUUCCUUGGCGGAAAUCGGGCAAGGCGGCAAUGGCGGCAUCUAUGGAGGAGAGCGUUACCGAGGAGGAGCAGCAAGGUGUGCAAGGAGAGGAGCUGAUUGGAGGAAGCGCGGCGGUGAAGGCGUCGGCUACCUCGGGCCAAGCGGAUUGGGAGACUUGGCAUCGGCGGCUCGCACACGUGGCUGUUUCUACAUUGGAGUUUGCCCGCUUUCUCACACUCGGCUUGCGCGCCUCCUCACACUCGGCUUGCCCGCUUUCUCACACUCGGCUUGCCCGCUUUCUCAUGCUCGGCUUGCUCGCCUUCUCACACUCGGCUUGCCCGCUUUCUCACACUCGGCUUGCUUACUUUCUCACACUCGGCUUGCCCGCCUUCUCACACCCGGCUUGCCCGCCUUCUCACACUCGGUUUGCCCGCUUUCUCACACUCUGCUUGCCCGCUUUCUAUCAUUCGGCUUGCCCACUUCUCACACUCGGCUUGCCCGCCUUCUCACACUCUGCUUGCCCGCCUUCUCACAUUUGGCUUGCCCGCUUUCUCACACUCCGCUUGCCCGCUUUCUCACAUUCGGCUUGCCAGCCUUCUCACACACGGCGGCCCGCCGAAGUCCAUUCGAGCCCGCCCCCUACCCUCUCUUCUCUUUUCUUCCGUUCUCUUCCCUAUCCUUCUCUUUCGUCCCUUCCCUUCGCAUCCUAUCCUUUUAAUUCCGUUUCAUUACUUUUCCCCCCUUCUAUUGCCCCUCCCUUCCCAUAUUCCCUUCCCUUUCCAACAGUUUCAUUCCGCUACCCUCCUUUCCCUCCUCUUCCCUUCCCUCCAUUCCAUUCUUGUCCCUCCCUUUCCAUUUCCGUCCCUCUCCUUUCCCUUCACAACAAUUUACCCUUCUUUCUUGCCUUCAAUCUCCCCCUCGCCCAUCAGUUUCCCCCCUCCUUGCCCUCAGUUUCCCCCCUCCUUUCCCUCAAUUUCCCCCCUCCUUGCCCUCAGUUUCCCCCCUCCUUGACCCUCAUUUCCCCUCUCCUUGCCCUUAGUUUCCCCUCUCCUUGCCCUCAGUUUCCCUCCCCUCCCCUUGCCCUUCAGUUUCCUCCCUCCUUGCCCUCGGUUUCCCCUCCCCUUGCCCUCAUUUUCCACCCUUCUUGGCCUCAGCUCCCCCCCUCCUUGCCCUCAGUUUCAACUCUCCUUGCCCUCAAUUUCUACCCUCCUUUCCCUCAGUUUCUCCCCUACUUGCCCUCAGUUUCCCCCCUUGCCUCGUUCCACUACUGUUUUCCUGUGCUUCCACAUGAUUCCCAUCAUUUUCCACCAAUUCUAACCCUGUCUUCUCCCCCCUGCUUGGGCUUGUUCCGUCUUGCUCGCCCUCGUUCCAACCACCCCCGUUCCGACUGUUUUCCCACUCUUUCUCUCGUCCUUGUUCCCUUAAAUCUCUCACCCCUUGUGAAGGGUAGGGAAGGGAAGAUUCUCCUUCCCUCCUCUUGUUCACCCCUCCUUUCUCCCUUGUUCCCUUUCUCUUUCACCCCUUAUGAAGGGUAG